AUGCCGCAGAUGACAAUGGGACCGCUGCAGCUGGAAUCGCCUGCAAGCGAUGGCGGCCAUUCGGGGCUGUUUCACCUCCACCACAAGAAGAGGGAGCCUAAGCGCCGCCCCGAGGACCUGCGUUCCAUUAGGUCGCCGCCCCCUACGGCGCCGACAAGCGCGCCGCAGUCCCCGAGCCACUCGCUUCUGAACGGCCUGAAGAUGCACCCAGUUAAUAUCCUUUCCGGGCCCCCAGUCGGCCUGGAUGGCACCCCCUCCCGGGAAUCCCUCAGCUCGAGAGACUCGCUUGCCAGCGCGGGUGAAGGAUCAGAGCGGCCGCCUCCCGUCGCGCCGCCGCUCCCGCAUCUUCCGCUGCGCAAGAGGUCCUCGCAGCGCUUGCGCCAAAGAGCCGCAUCCCCUCUCUUGUCCUCCCCUCUCAACGAGUCCCGGAUCCCUCGUUCCGCCGCGGACCACCCCUCCCCCACUCGUUCCACCCGCUCCACCCGCUCCUCGCGCCAGACGAGCACCGCCUCCAAGCCUUAUACCGACGAGCCCUUGUCCAGCCUCCAGCCGUCGCCGCUCGGUUCGCCCAUCUCGACCCGUACGGAUGCCGAUGACCAGGACGAGGACGUCGUGGAUCCGCUUCCCGAUUCGUACCGCCUUCGCCCGCGUGCGUCUUCCCACACGAUCAGCAAGCCGCAGCGCGCGCUUAGGACGUCGACGUCGAUCCCGAACCUGGCCCAGCUGCGUGCGAGGGAAGUGGUCUCAGCCCAGGGACACAGAAGGGAGAGGAGGAGCACUGUCCGCGACAGUUACCUCUCGAUGCUCCGUCGGGAACCCCCGGGCAGGCCGCUCGUCCUUGGAGAGGAAAUGCGGUCGAGCUAUCGUUCGAAUGUCACCAACUCUUCCUCCGGCUUUGUCGACGCGAGCGGCACGGAGCGCAGCAGCAUCAUCUCCGAAAGGAGCGGGAUGAGCACCACUCCUUACACAACCGAUUAUGAAAACACAGAUGUGGAGAAGACGGAUUUCGAGCAGACCGAUGCUGAGCAGGAGUUGAUGACGGUCGAGGACGCGAUUGAUAUGUAUGAGAUGGGAUUCGAGGAUGAUCCGGCAGACGUUCCUGAGGGGUCGGACGAGGGUUAUGCGUCUCAGGUUCCCACAAACACCACCCCGGAAGAAGCUCAGACACCGCCAAGGGUGCGACGACACUCGACAAGCAGUCUCCGUGACUCGGCUCUUGGCCCCGACGCCCCUGCAGACCACGAAAUCCCUUAUGUUACCCCAUCUCGCAACGAUCGAGUGUCCAAGAUCAUGGCCGAACAAGAGGUCGCCGCCCAACUCCCCGCGCCGCAUUCAGCCAGGUCCGCCCGUUCCGCCCGCUCCGCCCGCUCAGCCGCAUCGGGCAAAACGAACAAGUCCAAGGGCUCCAUCAACAUGGUGGCAGACAAGACGUUCUCGCAAAUGCUCGCCCCGAGGAUGUCGACAAUGGAAAAGAAGGUGGAACUGAAAGCCGGGUCCUCGAUCCCUCGUGACCAAUAUGGUUUCAAGAAAGCCACGCAAUAUAUUACGGUGGAGCAGUACGACGCGUGGAACGCGCCUUACAGGGAAUACACCGAGCGUCGACGCAAGAAGUGGCAGAACCUCAUGAGGCAACAUGGACUUCCUAUCAACAAGCCUACCCGUUUCCCGCCGAGGAGUGAGAAGGUGAAGAGGUUCAUCCGCAAAGGUAUUCCCCCGGAAUGGAGGGGUGCGGCCUGGUUCUACUACGGCGGAGGCCCCGCCAGGCAGGCCGCCAACCCUGGCCUGUACUGGGAAUUGGUCGAGCAGGUCAGCGAUGGUCAGCUGAGCGAGCAAGAUCGCGAGCAUAUCGAGCGCGACCUCAACCGCACCUUCCCGGACAAUGUCAGGUUCAGGCCUGAGUCGAGAGCAUCCAUGAACGCGGCCCAUCUGCUUGACACGAAAUCCACCGACCUGACGCCGGAUUGUGAAACACCGAUCCUACGCGCGUUGCGUCGCGUGCUUCAAGCCUUUGCCGUCCACAACCCCGGAAUCGGUUACUGCCAAUCGCUCAACUUCUUGGCCGGUCUUCUGCUCAUCUUCUUGGAUGAAGACGAGGAAAAGGCAUUCAUCAUGCUUGACAUCAUCACCAGCAUCCACCUUCCUGGCACUCAUGGUCGCGUGCUGGAAGCCAACAUCGACAUUGGUGUUCUCAUGCACUGCAUCCGCGAGUCCAUGCCGGCCAUCUGGAACAAGAUCGACGAUACCAAGGAAUUCGAGCCGAAUGUCACUACCACGUCCGCACGCCUCCCCACCGUCUCGCUCGCCAUGACCUCGUGGUUCAUGUCUCUUUUCGUCGGUAACUUCCCGAUCGAGACAGUGCUGCGUGUGUGGGAUUCGUUCUUUUACGAAGGCUCCAAGACGUUGUUCCGCAUUGCGCUGGCCAUUUUGAAGAUUGGCGAGGCCGAGAUCCGGGCCAUCUCGGAUCCCAUGGAGGUCUUCCAGAUCAUCCAGACGCUUCCUCGUCGUCUCAUCGACCCCAAUUCUCUCAUGGACGCGUGUUUCCGCCGUCGCAACGGUUUCGGACACGUCAAGCAGGAGACGAUUGACGCACGCCGCGUUGAGCGCCGUCGUGCGCAUCAGCAAGACAUUGCCCGCAUCAGUGGCAACUGGGCCGCCAAGUUCGGCAAGAAGGAGAUUGACGGGCAAUCUAUGCGGUCGAAGACAGGAGUCCGCAGAGCGGCCAGUAAGCGCUUCAAGGCUAAGCGCAGAGCCCGUACCGACCAACCGUAG